CAUACAGUCCAGUAGCGGACGGCCAAGCUGCACGAUCGCGCCAUUGUGGGCCGUCAGAAAACGAACAAAUUGAAAGUUUCGCUUGUGUUAUUUACAUUUUUGUUUGUUUUGGUAAAAGAAGAGACCGGUUUUUAGAGAAUUAAGACUUUUAAAAACUAAAAAUUGAAUUAAAUACAUAUAGUUUUAGUGAAUUUAUAUAGUGCAAACGAAAUAUUUUUGGGACGGCGUCGCCCACGUUAAUAUUUUGCAUAAACAGUAGUACGCUGUACCAUAACAAUAAUAAUGGACGCAGAUAGAAAAAUAAACUUAUGCGAGGGGGUUCCUCUUAACUCACCAGGUGCGGCGAAUAUUUUUUUGAAUACUAGUAAUGAUAGAAAAGUUAAAGAUGGAACUGUGAUACAUUUAAAAACAGAGAAACCGGCAGACGUCGGAGUGCAUAUAAAUACGACUUUGUCGAUAGCGUCUUCCAAGAAAAUAAAACUUUUGUUCAUAAUGAACUUCUUGCUUAGCGUCGUGUGUAUGAUAAUUAGUUGUUCGGUAGCGUUUUACUACUGGAAUGAGAUGAUAUCGAUGAGGAAGCAAAUAGAAUUGGUGCGAGAACAGUUUUUAAUUCAGAACUUUAAAGACGGUGUAGUGGUAGAAGACAAACCCAUGCACAGUGCUCUGGUGUCGAGGAUGCGGCCUCAAGUGCGAGCGGAGGGUCGCGAGCCGCGUAUGAACUUUGCCAAAGGAGACAUAUCACCAAAUGCCAGAAGAUACUAUGUUGAAGACCUUGGGGAGGACAUGUUGCUUGUUGAUUCCAGUAAAAAAGACUCAAAAGAAGACAAAGCAUCUGUUUACGACAUGGCAGCAUUCCAAAAAGAGCCUCUGGUAGUUCACUUCAAUGGAGCAAUUAAGGAAGUCAAUAUGGGGUCUCAAGCAAUCGUGGGUCCAUGGCUGCGCGACCUGGAGGUGUCCACUAAAGGAAGCGAAACCAAAAUAGAACUCAACACCAACUACUUCGUCAUUCAAGAAUCUGGACUGUACUUUAUUUACACACAGAUCGUGUAUUUAACACACGCGCCGAACUGUUACUUCGUAUGGGCUCGUCAGCCAAACCAGGAUCCUCGUCUACUGAGCACUUGUGCGACAGGCGACGACACGAGCUCGCGCGCUCUCGACCACUCGCAGAUCUCAUGCGCCACUCACACACUCGCACGACUCUACAAAGGUGAUACAGUCAACAUCGCACAGAGAGAACAGAAUAGAACGCUAUGGCUGCGUCCCGGGUUCACUCACUUCGGAUUCAUUAAAAUUAGUUCCUAAUGGCUGUGAAAAGUGAUACUUAACCGAGUAAAAUUACUUCAUUUUUACCUGAUUGUCUCUGGUAAUGUAAAAUUUCGUUGUGACCGUCUGUAGCUGACGACUGAUACGAUUUUGAUGAUUUAGGUGUCAUUAAUUUUGUUACUUUUCCUCUGAGUGUCAGUCAGUCGGGUUUUUCAGUUUUUUAAUUAACAAAUAGUUUGAUUUGUAAAUAAAUUUUCACUGCCAACGGUGCAUCAAAAUGUUGCUAACAAAGUGCCAUAUUUGAUUUCAUUUGUAUAUUGGUAACAUCACAAGCGAUUGUGUACUUAUGUUAAAUAUCUUAAUUAUAAGUUAAUAUUGAUAUAUUUAGUUGAAAUGAUAUUGUCUAACAAUAAAACGAUUUCAACAUAUUUUGUUUGGAAAAUGACAUACAAAUUUUGACUUUAUUUGCUCAAAAGCAUUUACUACAUUGAAAUGGUUUUUAUUUGGCAUACUUAUAGAUUUACUGUUUAUUCAUUUACAUUAUGUUAUUGUAAAUUAAAAGUCAAUUUAGGUUUAAAUUUCGUUUAGAUAUUGUCUAAGAAUGGUGCCGAUAGUCCGUCAUAUUAAGUAAAUAGAGCCUACCGGAAUUUGUAGUCAUAAUUUAAUCUUAAGUUAAAAAUUUGUUAUAAAAAAAGGGUAUAUUUCGUCUUCCAGUGCUCAUAAAUUUCAGUACAUUUUACAUUGUACUUUGUAGCAAUAACAUUAUCUAUUUAGUUUUUUUCUAGAAU